AUGAAAUACAGCGACGCCUUGUUGCUCGCCUCGGCCGGCUCGGCCGCGGGCCUGGUGAAACAGUGCUCCUCCGGUAAACCUGUCGAAGAAAACAACAACUAUUUCUGUGGCGAAGUCAAACAUCUUCGGUACGAGGGUAUCAUGGGUGACGGCAGCUAUAAAUCCGUCACCGGCAUGACCGAUUCAGGGGGCUGCCCAACCGAGAGCAAGUCGUUCCAUGGCCCCUUGGCGCCAUUGGAUGAAGGGCUUUCCAUUCACAUCCGGGGUCCAUUUCACCUCAAGCAAGCUGCCGUAUACAACCCGUACAGCCCUCCUUCGUUGAACAAGCGCAGCCCUGAUGGGUCCCAUCGCGUCCACCGUCGACAUGACCACCGGCAUAUGCACCAGAAGAAAGAAUUGAUAUACGCCAUCAUUGACGGCAAGAACGUCUCUUGGGAAAACCCUGAUACACAAGGCGACGCUGGCAACGCCCCAGCUGGGGCUGCUCCUGCGGAUGCUGCUGGGGCUGGGGCUGGGGCUGCUCCUGUCAAUGCGGCUGCGGCUGAUCCUGCCAAUGCGGCUGCGGCUGCUCCUGCCAAUGCGGCUGCGGCUGCUCCUGCCAAUGCUGCUGCGGUUCCCGGCGUUGCCCAACCCGCUGCUGGCAGCCCUCCUGAUGUCUCCCCCCCCCAAUCCAGUGCCAUCCCCAAAUCCAAUGCUAGCUCAGCAUCCUCCGGUAGUGACUGGGACCGCAUCGCCUAUUUCAACGCUGAGACCAAGGAACGUGAUAACAUGGUUUUCAUGGCCAACCUAGGAGGUCAAGGCUCUGGCGUGUUCGAUUAUAAAUGGGGAAACUCUCUUGCCUAUGUCAACAGCAACUGCAAUGCUGGAAGCAGCACGCCCGAGACUCUCCAGGAUGUUACCAUCCCAUCCAACAAGGAGUUUGCCAUCUUCAGCGCUGAGCCUUGUGACGAAACUUGCGGCUACUCCAGGGCCCCGGAUAUCGCCUAUAAGGGCUUUGGCGGUGCCGACAAGGUUUUCCUCUUCGAGUUCAUGAUGCCCAUGGACGGCACCAAGGGCUUCAACGCCGACAUGCCCGCCCUCUGGACCCUCAAUAGCCGCAUUCCUCGCACUGCCCAGUAUCACGGCUGCAGUUGCUGGCAGAGUGGAUGCGGCGAGUUUGAUAUCUACGAGGUGCUCGCCACCGGUGACCACAAAUGCAAAAGCACCCUUCAUCUUACCCAGGGCGGCGGCAGUUCCGACUGGUUCAUGCGCCCUACGACGACCUUCAUUAAGAUUGCCGUCGUGUUCGACAAAAACACGGCUGCUAUCGCGAUCCAUAUCCUUCCCGACGACACCAACUUCUCCGAAGGCCUCGACGAUGCCACGGUCAAGAGCUGGCUGAACGGUCCCGCAAGCGGAAUAGACAGCAGCCUGUUCCAAAUCGGCUAA